AGUGUAGCUAAGGAAGGGCCAGACAGUCACCCUUCUAUACCAUUCGUGUGCUACGCCGGUAGAUGGCGCUGUUCAGUGCGUGCCAAUGCCAUAGUCUGUUAGCGUGUUUACGUUUCGGAUAAGUUGCAAUCUGUCCGAGCGUGUAGUAAACGCUUAAAUCUAUGUGGUACUUUGAGUACAUGUAUUCGAACGACCAAUGCGUGACAAGUUACCAAACGUCAAAAGUGUCAAAACAGUCGCAACUGUCAAAACAAAGUGGAUGGUUAGUAUGGUUACCUGAGAUAACCUAAGCAUUUGGUUAUUCGAUUAAAUUAUUACCACAUUUUUUGAACUGUACAGGAAUAUCAAUAUGAAUUAAACUAUUUGCAAUUUGAUCUGCCUAAAUAAUUCAUCUAUACUACUUAAAAUGGAUGAGAUCGAUAAUAUCGCAAGUCAAGACAAAAUUGAACCGGCUAGUUUUCAUCAAUGCACACUUUUUGAUAUUAAAGUGGAUCCCGGGUUGAAAGACGAUGAUGGCAAUGAAUUUCCUAGGCCAUUUACGAAAAACCAGAUGCGAAAAUGGUUGAAAAAAGUAAAAUGGGAGAAUCACAAACAGGAAAAACGAGCCAGAGAGAAGGCCCGCGCCAAGCAAAGGAGACAGGAGGCACGUGCAGCUAACAUCGAUCUUGGGCCAAGCAGAAAGUCAUUGAAGAAAAUGAAGUUUGAGAAAUCCAAAAAAUCUACAGGAAUAAUAAUUGACCUCAGUUUUGAUGAUCUGAUGAUAGAGAAGGACAGGUUCAAAGUUAUUAAGCAAAUUUUAAGGUGCUAUUCGGUAAAUCGAAGAUCUGCUUCACCAUUGCAGUUUCAUAUCAGUGGUUUUAGUGAAAGAGCCAAAUCUGAGAUGUCACGGCAUAAUGGAUAUGAGAAUUGGGAUAUACAGUUUCACAAUGAAAGUUAUUUGGACCUAUUUCCUAAAGAAAAUUUAGUAUACCUUACAAGUGAAUCAGAAAAUGUAAUAGAAAAUUUUGAAGAAAAUACCUACUACAUCAUCGGAGGACUUGUGGACCAUAAUCAACAUAAGGGCUUGUGUCAUAAAAUAGCUCAAGAACAAGGCAUUAGACAUGGUCAGUUACCACUAGACAAAUAUGUGAAUAUGAAGACUCGGAAGGUUUUGACUAUUGAUCAUGUUUUUGAAAUUGUUGUAAAGAUUACUGAGGGGGUGCCGUGGCAAGAAACAUUACUGAAGGUCCUGCCACUUCGAAAAGGAGCUCAUAUUUGUGACAAUUCAGUCUCAAAUACAGAUGAUUCAGAUGGAUGAAGUAAUCAUUUAGAUUUUAUUAAUAUUUU